CCGUCAUCUGGCCACCAGUACGUGUACGCCCAUUCGAUGCCGCAGUCCCAGUCGCCGGGCGUGCAAGUGAUCACCAUUCCGCAGCAGCCAGUAGCGCCGUCGGCUGGCGAGUUCUACGCGUCGCAGCCCCCGCCCGUGUACCACCAUCAGGACCCGCAGGCAGCGGCCGCCGCCGUCGCCGCCGACCACGAGUACCAGCAGGAGGUCAAAAAUGACUCGAGUGACUGGUCAGAAGACCGACUGGACCAGCUGUCUUCUUUGUGCCUGGACGAGGCAGACGCGGAGGGUCGCCGCACCCGUCAGUUGCGCACCGAGAAUGACUGUACGGACGUUAGUGAGAGCGGUGAUGAGCGCGUUCCGUCUCCGGUCGACGGCGCUGGGGAGAUCGUGGGCGACUCUCCUCGCGUCACACCCGCGCGGCUCGACGCUCGAACGGACUCGCCGUCGCCGCUGCCGCUCACCCCGCCCUCGUCUUCCGUCUCGCCCUGUCCGGACUCUGUGUCUUCCACCACAAAAAGCGCCAGCCCACAGCCAACCUCGACUGAAAACGGCUUCUUGGGCUCAUCCCAGAGCCAGGACGGCGGCGACGGCGAACCGCCCAAGUCCUCCAAACCGCCAAAGUACACGAUCCUGGCACCGCACAUGAGCCAAAUGUACAUGACACCCAGCUUUGUGCCCCACUACCACAUCUGGACACCGUACUACACGCUGCAGACGUCGAUGGGCUCCAUCCAGACGCGGGCCGGCGGUAAGGGCUGCCCCCGGCACGGGUACGCGCCGGGACCGACGGCCGUUCCACCACUGCCCUCCAUGCCGCCGCCGCCAGCCGCGGCAGCGGGUCCUCGCGGCUCGGGCGGCUGCUGGCUGCACCAGUCGGGCCCGCCGCCGCCGCUGUCCUCUCUGUCCUUGCCCUGUCCGGUCCGCCCUCAUAACGAGCCAUUUUCUCCGCCACCUGACCAGAUGCAGCGAGUGCGCUACGCCAGCCCGUGCAAGCAGCCGAUGAGCCGCAGCGGCUACAUCUGCGGCCCGCGCGUGGGUGCCACGGCCGGCCGCUGUCCACUGAAACAGCCCGGUCUCGUAGGCGACCUGGGCGGGGCCGGUGAUGCGCCGCCACCGCGCGCUGACCAGGGUGGCCCGAUGACCCCGCCGCAUACCCCUGGCCGCGCCGACCAGCCGGCCAAGGUGGAGGCUGCCGCCACCCGUCUGCAGACCAUGACCCUGUGAAGGGCGAGCCGCGCCGCUGCACACCUCUAGCACGGCCUACCGUGAUCUCUCCCCAUGUCAAAUCGGUCCCACGGCUUCAUCGGCGAACGGAGCGUUGUUUUUGUUUGUAAAUCGCAUUGGUCGAAGCUCGCAUCGUGCAAUUGAAAAAUGGUCGGAGGCGCCAUGGUUGUCGGAACACCAGCCUGUCGUCCGUGCGGUUUAACUGUUCAAGCAGUAUGCUAUUGUGAAUAUGGUAGAUUAGAUUCGCUCACACUGUUACUGUAACUAAGUGCCAAUUAUCCCAGGUGCCUUAGGAAGUGACCCUUGUUGCACAUAAUAUAGGCGCAUAUUUAUUGCAAACUGGUGUAGGGCUAAGUAGCUGUAAGAACUAGGCUCAUUGUAUUCUUUUUUGACAACCAGUGCGGAUAAGCAUCGCAGGAAUACUAGGGCUAUGGUGAAACGGCCAAGUCUUGCUUUCCAUCGCUGUUUGUACUGCCCUUUGCGUGAUUCUUUUCUACCGCGACUGAUCUAAAGCACAUCAGAUCUGGGAGGGUGACCCGUGUCUUCCACCACCGUAGACGUCCUGUGGACCUCGUCCUCAUCAAGGCGCUAGUAGUCGGCUCCUUUUUACACGCGUGGGAAAAUGCUUCCUUCGAUCUCCAUCCAACACUUUCUGAGCUUUGUAUCAUCAUUUAACCGAGAAUUUCGCCACUUUGUUCCCGUGUGGGUGUGUGUCAUUAGGUUAAGCAUUGAUGUCAUGGAUGGGCACAAUGAGCCCGCCUCUGUAUAAGUACGUGGCGUUGCUGGGCUCAGUGGUGCCAACAUUUCGCCUUCAUCAGUAUUCUUCGCUUGCCACUCCUCAUUUCCCGUACUCAUUCGCUGUCUCGAUACCAACCAAAUCUUCUGUGAUAACGCUGUUGGGGUUCCAAAUAUUUAUUAAGUAUUUAUUGUUACGCCGUCUGUGCAAUAUGUUAGGUUGGGCUGCCAGAAACUCGCCCUUGACGCUCAUUGGCACGCAAGGGGCAUCUUGCACACGCGGUACAGUUUUUGUAGACGGUUGCCUGGUUAACUUGCCUUCCCGGCUUCGUCCUUGGGCAGUCGAGGUCGCGUGUUAGCACAAGCUGCAGCGCAAAAGGGAGCAUAAAGACUCCAUUUUAACCGCCAGUUACCAUUUUUCAAAGAAAUUAGGUUGUAAGCGCUGCAGUAAACACUGACCACAGCUGGGUACACCACACGAUCUGUCCCAAUAGCCAUGCAGUGAUGAAUAGCGACCGGAUUUUCUCGAAGGUCUCGCCUUUGGGCUAUUUCCGUGUCGCGAUGUUGUUUUGGCCCGGUCGCCCGUCCGUCGUGUAAAUAUAUUUGUACUCGGGGCGACCCAUGCGUCCCGGGCUGAAGUGCUGCCGUCCUUGACAGGCCCUGAUGAGCUGACCGUCCGCUGUCUCGGCCAGCAAAUAUUACCUUGCUUUGGGUUCUGAAGAUUUGUUCAAAGCCGUCGCGGAUUUAUGCGCCUGGGUCGCCCUGCUCUGUAUAUAAUUAUGCCUGAUUUUAAAGUGCAAAUAUAUCAUUUUAGUGCCGUGUAUGACUGCUCCUUUCUGGGUCAGUAUCGAGCGCUGGCAACCACGGAAGCGUCGCUUCUGUUGGCGUAUGGCCAACAAACCGCUUCGUGCACACUCCCGGCGCUUCCUUUACAUUCAGUACCGUGGGCACCGUAUGAAGACUACUGUGCUUCUCUGGCAUCCCCUAAAAAAUCGACUGUGCCCGUGUGUCGAAAUAUGUUCGGUUCCACGCCACGUUGUGGUGCAUCUAGCCUAGCGGUCAUUCGAUUGCGAUGAGGAUUCAAUAGUCACGGGGGUUCAGUGAUUGCAACCGUUGGUUGUGCUACUGGCUGCGUUGUGACUCAAUGAGGGUUUCAGGAUAGUGCCCUUGUAGUGGUGUGGCUGGGUGUGUCCGAGCUGUGCUGUUAUCCAGAAAUCAUAUGCAAUCUAACUGCGGUAUGAGAUAGCGUCGCGUUCGAGUGCCUAGAGUAUUUGGAGAAUAAACUGCUGACAUUGA